UUGGGCCUUCACCGGAAAAAGAAAAUCUGGCACGCGCAAUCAUCGUGUCGUGCAGCCUUUGCACCGCCGCCUCCGCCGCCGCCGGCCGCCUCUCCCGCUCCCUCUCCUCCCCUCCCCCCCGCCGGUGCUCUGUCUCCGUGUAGCCCACCAGCGCGAAUCGUGACCCGGACGAACUCGCUCGCUCGCGGCGGGGAAUGCGGGAUAGCCAGCCCGGGUUAGGGUUCCGCCGUCCGGUUUCCAUGCGCUUGUAGCUGGCUGCUAGGGUUUUUUGUUUUUGGGGGUUGGUUCAAUGGCGGGAUCUUUCGGCGCCGUGGGCAGGGGGAGAUCCCGGUCGUCCCUGAAGCGGCACGGCGGCGCGGAUCCGCCGUUAUCUCUGGCCAUGCCCACCGUCGCCGACCUCCACAAGACGGCCGAGCUGGAGAAGUUCUUGGUUGAAGCCGGCCUUUAUGAAGGGGAAGAGGAGUCCGCGAAACGGGAGGAUGUGCUACGGGAGAUUGAUCAUAUAGUCAAGGAAUGGGUGAAGCAGUUAACUAUUCAGAAAGGAUACGGUGAGAACAUGGUUAAAGAGGCAAAUGCAGUCCUUUUCACAUUUGGGUCAUACCGACUUGGGGUUCAUGGGCCUGGAGCAGACAUUGAUGCCCUAUGUAUUGGACCCUCAUAUGUUAAGCGAGAGGAGGACUUUUUUGUCACGCUACAUGGUGCAUUAGCAGACAUGGAAGAAGUGACUGAACUACAACCUGUACCUGAUGCUCAUGUACCAGUUAUGAAAUUCAAGUUUCAUGGGAUACCAAUUGACCUCCUCUAUGCCAGUAUAUCUCUUCUAGUAAUACCGCCAGAUUUUGACAUCUCUCAAGGAUCUGUACUUUGUGACGUUGAUGAAGCAACUGUUCGAUGUCUUAAUGGGUGCAGGGUGGCUGACCAGAUUCUUCGGCUAGUUCCAAAUGCGGAGAUAUUUCGGAAAACACUCAGAUGUUUGAAGUACUGGGCACAGAGAAGGGGAGUUUAUUCUAAUGUUACUGGUUUGCUGGGGGGUGUCAGCUGGGCCCUAUUGGUUGCUCGUGUCUGCCAACUUUAUCCCAAUGCUGUGCCAAGUAUGCUGGUUUCAAGAUUCUUCAGAGUUUUCACCCAGUGGCAGUGGCCAAAUCCUGUGAUGCUUUGUACGAUUGAGAAUGAUGAAAACCUUGGCUUUUCUGUGUGGGAUCCACGUAAGAAUCCUCGUGAUAGAUCGCAUGUUAUGCCUAUCAUCACGCCAGCAUAUCCAUGCAUGAACUCUAGCUACAAUGUUUCAACUAGCACAUUGAGGGUUAUCAUGGAACAAUUUCAGUUUGGCAAUAAGAUUUGUCAGGAAAUUGAGCUUAAUAAGGCCAGCUGGAGUGCUUUGUUUGAGCCUUUCCAAUUUUUUGAGGCAUAUACAAGAUAUCUAGUGGUUGACAUUGUUGCAGAUGAUGAAGACGAUCUUCGACUUUGGAAGGGAUGGAUUGAAUCUCGAUUAAGACAGCUAACUCUAAAGAUUGAGCGAGAUACUAAAGGGAUUCUGCAAUGCCAUCCUAACCCAUGUGAGUAUGCAGAUCCUUCAAUAAAGUGUGCUCACUGUGCCUUCUUCAUGGGCUUAUCAAGAAAAGAGGGAAUGAAAAUACGUGGUCAAAAAUUUGAUAUUCGUGGAACAGUAGAUGAGUUCAUGCAUGAAAUUGGAAUGUAUACAUCGUGGAAAUCCGGGAUGGAUCUAGCUGUUACUCAUGUCCGUAAGAAGGAGAUCCCCUCUUAUGUAUUUGAACAGGGUUGCCAGAAACCUUGUCCACCAACACCAAUACAUGCAGACCAGCAAGACCAGUCUGAUAAAACUGACACUGAAGUUUGCACAGCAGCUGUAUCUCUUGCAGGUCAGCUUAAGAGAAAGUAUGAUUCUGUUGGAGGUGGUGAUACUGAGUCAUGCAAAUAUUUUAGAAUGGCUUCAGUUAGCCCAGCUUGUGAGGAAACUUCAACUCAGUUGCAUGAUGAUGCAAAUUUUGGACUGAUUAAUUGCUCAACUUCACCACAUGAAUCUCAGGAGUCCUCCGUAUCAGGCAGCAGCUGUGCAGCCAUUGGCGCUCAUGGUUUGGUUGAUGAAACUAGCAUACCUGUCAGCUUGAUACCCAAUGUUGAAAAUGAUCGAACUCGAACAAAUUUAGACCAGAUACCUUCUCAACGUGUGGUUGAGAAGGAUGAAAGAAAGCUAGAAGGAAUUGAAAGCUUGGCAAGCAGCAACUGUACUGAAUUUAUGGAGGUUGCCGAAGUGGUCAUGGGGGUGGUCCUUACUGAGAAUGUUCAAUUAAGUGGAGAUGAAGUGAUUUGAAGUGGCCUUCCAAAUGGAGGUUUUGUUUUCUGUGCACCCACUCCGUACUGUGUUUAUCCUUUCAUUGCUUGCUUUUUAAACUGUUUGAUCUAUAUGUGAAAGUAUUGUAUUGAAUUGCUUUGUAAAGAUCAUGCAGGUGUGGAACCCGACGUGUCCCAGGUUUGAAACAUUCUCGAGGCAUGUCUUGUGCUCAUAUAUCCUUCUAAUUUAACAUUUAAAAUGCUCUUCUCUUGUCUAUCCUAUUUUGCUUGGCACCAUUUAUGCUAUGGGCAUAGCUUGACUGUCAUGAACUGAUCAACUGGUGAGCAGAUGAAGAGAACAACCAUGCUUGACAUAGAAAAUGCUUUGUCACAGAUUUUGUCAGGAGAGGAGACUUAAAAAAAAGCUGGGGCUCAAAUCUUCAUCAAAUUAUACGCGGAAAGAAAAACAAUGCCUUUUGAUUGCUUUCAGGAUAAGAGAAGCUUUGGAUUUGGGAACCAUGGAAGCUCAAAAUAUGAAAAAGGUGUUAGGGCAGGGUCUACACUCUUGAGGGUUAUUCUUGUGGUUGUGAGUGAAACUGGGCAGGCAUCACUGUAGCUUUAUACAGAUAAUGGAGUCCCUUGCCUUAGCUGCUAGAUAUAGGGCAGUAUAUCAGUUAGUUGAAAGAAUUCAAUGAAAUGUAGAACGUAGUUAGUUUUGGUUAUUGAUUUUCCCCGUGUCCUCUCACCUGUAACAUGAUAAAAUUGAAGUGAAAACAAUUUGGGCAAAGUUUGGAAGGUAGAAAUCAAGUUUCCCUUGAAAUUGCAAGCAGUAGGACAGUCCGGGCUGGAGCAGGGUGAUCCGGACUAAGUGAGGACAUCACAGUCCGAGUGAUGCAUGUAAAGAUAUCUUUUUUUACUGAAGCUAAUGAAAAUAUCUUGGCAAUCCAUU